GCGCAAAGGGUUGCGGCAUCGAACUAAAUAAAACCCUGUCUUCAAUCUUGCUCGAUUGUUCAACAUCAAAGUGAACGAUUUUUGGGGCUGAAACGAUGGUCCAAUAUAACUUUAAGAAGAUUACUGUGGUACCAAAUGGGAAGGACGUUGUUGAUAUCAUCCUCUCUCGCACCCAGCGUCAGACACCAACAGUUGUACACAAGGGAUAUGCAAUUACCCGCCUCCGUCAGUUUUAUAUGCGCAAAGUGAAGUAUACCCAGUCAAAUUUUCAUGAAAAGCUCUCUGCUAUAAUUGAUGAGUUCCCUCGGCUUGAUGAUAUUCAUCCAUUCUACGGCGAUCUCCUCCAUGUGCUUUACAACAAAGACCAUUACAAGCUUGCACUUGGACAAAUCAAUACUGCCAGGAAUCUUAUUGGUAAGAUUUGCAAAGACUAUGUGAGAUUAUUGAAGUAUGGCGACUCACUAUAUCGAUGCAAGUGUCUUAAGGUUGCUGCGCUUGGUCGCAUGUGCACCGUGAUUAAGAGGAUUGGCCCAAGCUUGGCUUACCUAGAACAGGUUAGACAACACAUGGCUAGGCUUCCGUCGAUAGAUCCAAAUACGAGGACUAUCUUGAUUUGUGGAUACCCUAAUGUUGGCAAGAGCUCAUUCAUUAACAAAAUUACGAGAGCUGAUGUGGAUGUGCAGCCCUAUGCUUUCACUACAAAGUCUCUCUUUGUCGGUCAUACAGACUUCAAAUACCUAAGGUACCAAGUAAUUGAUACACCAGGGAUUUUGGACAGGCCUUUUGAAGAUCGUAAUAUCAUUGAGAUGUGCAGUAUCACUGCUCUUGCACAUCUGAGAGCUGCGAUAUUGUUUUUCUUGGACAUCUCUGGAUCUUGUGGUUACACUAUUGCCCAGCAGGCAGCUCUAUUUCACGGCAUUAAGUCUUUGUUUUUGAACAAGCCAUUAAUUAUAGUCUGUAACAAGACUGACUUGCAACCACUGGAGGGGAUAUCUGAGGAAGACAUGAAGUUGGUCAUGGAGAUGAAAGCUGAAGCUUUGAAGACUGUAGCUGGUCAAGGAGGUGAGCCUACAAAUGAUGAGAGUGUGUUGUUGACCAUGAGCACUUUAACAGAAGAAGGGGUAAUUGCAGUAAAAAAUGCAGCAUGUGAGAGGCUAUUGAAUCAGAGGGUGGAGACAAAGAUGAAGUCCAAGAAAAUUAAUGACUGCUUGAAUAGGUUCCAUGUUGCUCUACCAAAACCACGUGACCAGAAGGAAAGGCUACCAUGUAUUCCUCCAGCAGUUGUAGAAGCUAGAGCAAAGCAAGCAGCUGAGAAGGAAAAGAGAAAAACUGAAAAAGAUCUGGAGGAUGAAAAUGGUGGGGCAGGUGUAUACUCAAUGAACUUGAGAAAGAAUUAUAUUUUAGCCAAUGAUGAAUGGAAAGAAGAUAUACUGCCGGAAAUUUUGGAUGGACAUAACGUGUAUGAUUUCAUUGAUCCUGAUAUUCUACAUAGGGUUUCUGAGUUGGAAAGAGAAGAUGGAAUGAGACAGGCAGAAGCAGAAGAUGAUGAUUUUGAGAUAGAUGGAACUGCAUUGACUCUAGAAGAGCAAGCAGCUUUAGCUGAGAUUAGGAAAAAGAAAAGCUUGCUCAUCCGACGGCAUAGGAUUAAAAAGAGCACUGCAGAGAGCCGGCCAACUGUUCCUAGAAAAUUUGACAAGGACAAGCAGUACACGUCAGAAAGAAUGGGAAGGCAGCUGUCAUCUUUGGGGCUUGAUCCCACUUUGGCAAUUAAGAGGAUGCGCAGCAGAUCUGCCUCUAGGAAAGGUCGGAAAAGGGAAAGAUCACCUGAAACAAGAAGUGGAGAUGGGAUGGAUAUUGAUGGUGACACACCUAUCAAGAAGCAGCGUCUGAGUAGAUCACGGUCAAGGUCCAGGUCAGUGCCGCGCCUACCAAAUGAAGUUGUGCCUGGAGAGGGCUUCAAGGAUUCUGCUCAAAAGGUCAAGGCAAUUAAACUUGCAAAGAACUCUGUCAAGAAGAGAAACAAGGAUGCCCGUCGAGGAGAAGCUGAUAGAGUCAUUCCUAAUCUGAAGCCCAAGCACUUGUAUUCUGGGAAGCGCUCCAGUGGAAAAACUGACAGACGCUGAAAUAGAGGAUGCUGAAUUAUGCUUUUCAGAGACAUCCAUUGGCAUUGCUUUGCGGGUGCCAAGAAUUUUGUUCUUUCGUAGUUGUUUUUUUGUUGGAGUUUAUUGUAUGGUUUAUGGCAGCAAAGUUUACUUGGUACACUCUGCCUCAUUUUAUUAUUAUUGUUAUUAAGUUUGCCAUUCUGUCUGUUGCAAUUUUUACAGCUAGCUUUGUUGCUCUUUAUUUAUUUAGUUCAAUUUUGGCCAAGUUUUGAA